CCGCCACCGGUCUCCUCCGACACGUAACUGCUGACGUGUGCUGCUGCGCCUGCACCCUUCUCUCUCUAUAGGUGCACCAUGCGGCAUGCGCCCAUGCCAGCCUCACUACUGAAAGCCGGAAGAAGAGAAACCCAGCUGCGUCACUGCAUGCGCGCGGAGUAGUAGCGUAGGUGAGCGCGCGCAGGUGCAGGCGAAGCUAGCGACGGCAUGGCGGCGCACGUGCUGGUGUUCCCGUGCCCGGCGCAGGGCCACAUCAACUGCAUGCUCCACUUCGCCGCAGGGCUCCUCGACGCCGGCCUCCACGUCACCUUCCUUCACACCGACCACAACCGGCGGAGGCUAGGCCUUGCCGCCGUCAAGGCGGAGGCCGAUUCGCCGGGGCUCCGGUUCCUGUCCGUCACCGACGGCCUCCCGGACGACAAUCCCCGCACGGCGGGUGACCUCGUCGCGCUCGUGGAGUCCAUGAUGACGACGACGAGGGUCGCCUACCGUGCUCUGCUCGCGUCCCUGCGCGCGGGCGCGCCCCGCGACGAUGGCUUCCCUCCCGUGACCUGCGUCGUCGCUGACGGGAUCCUCCCGUUCGCGAUCGACGUCGCCGAGGAGCUCGGCGUCCCGGCGCUCGCCUUCCGAACGGCCAGCGCGUGCAGCUUCCUCGCUUACCUCUUCGUGCCCAAGCUCGUGGAGCUCGGCGAGGUCCCUGUCCCGCUAGGCGCCGACCUCGAUGCGCCCGUCCGUGGCGUUCCGGGAAUGGAGGGUUUCCUGCGGCGGCGCGAUCUUCCAAGUUUUUGCCGCGGGCACGACGGGACCGGCGGCCUCCACCCCAUGCUUCGGAUAAUCGCCGAGUUCAGCGCACACAGCUGCAACGCGCGGGCGCUCAUACUCAACACGACCGCGUCGCUGGAGCGGUCGGCGCUCGCGCACAUCGCGCCGCACAUGCGCGACGUCUUCGCCAUUGGCCCUCUCCACGCCAUGUUCCAGGAGCCGGCGGCCGGCGGCGCCUUGUGGCGGGAGGACGACGGCUGCACGGCGUGGCUCGACAGCCAGGCGGACGGAACCGUGGUGUACGUGAGCUUGGGCAGCCUCGCCGUCAUCUCGGUCGAGGAGUUCACCGAGUUCCUCUCCGGACUCGUGAGCGCCGGCCACCCCUUCCUUUGGGUGCUCAGGCCGGACAUGGUCGGGGCGAGCCAGAACGCCGUCCUCCAGGACGCCAUCAGGGCGGCCGGGAAAGGCAAGGCCCGCGUCGUGGAGUGGGCGCCGCAGCGGGACGUGCUGCGCCACCGGGCAGUGGGCUGCUUCCUGACGCAUGCCGGGUGGAACUCCACGCUGGAGAGCGUCACCGAGGGCGUGCCGACGGUGUGCUGGCCCUUCUUCGUGGACCAGCAGACCAACAGCCGGUUCAUGGGCGCCGUGUGGGGCACCGGGCUGGACAUGAAGGACGUGUGCGAGAGGGCCGUCGUGGAGCGGAUGGUGAGGGAGGCCAUGGAGUCCGUCGAGCUAAGGAGGUCAGCUCAAGCGCUGGCGCAGCAGGUGAGACGGGACAUCGCCCAAGGUGGCUCGUCGGCGGAGGAGUUCAAGCGGCUCGUCGGCCUCAUCAAUGAGCUCAGCAUCAGCACGCGGGGCUCCACACCAAGUCCAGACAAAGAAUAAUGGGCGGCCGGCAUUGGCACAUUGUUGCUAGUAUCAUUCGAUGUUGCUGUGUGAGUCUUGCCGAAAGGCAGUACGAACAUGACAAUGCCUAUUUGACAUGGCAUUUGUUGCUGCUAGAUCCUUGUGAUACCACAUUGCACUGUGACAAUUCGCUAGGAUGUUCAAGUGUCACAUCUCAGAUCUCACUACCUUGGCUUACCAGUUACUACAUGAUUAACAAUCACCGAACAUCAAUGGUGGAAUCUGUCACCCCAAUUCAGCUUCCUGUUCAGCCGAAGACCCCUCACUGAACCUCUAUGGUAGCAGGCACAAUCACAAGUGUGAAAUCAUAGUCAUAUACACAAAUCAAGCAAAACCUUCAUUUCCAUAUGUUCCGUUUUAAUUUUAACAGAUGUGAACAAUAUUUGGUAAGUUCAAAGACUAUUACAGGAACACGCACGCAAGAUCUCAGCAGUUAAUACAUCAGUACUACUCAGUGUAUUUCCAUCAGGUACCGAAGCCUAGAAAUCUGUAUUAAUACAUCUAUAUUCCUAAAAACAGUUGGGGUAGAAAGUUGCUUCUGCUUGGAUUUUUCGUGAAGCCUGAUAAUCCCAAGGCAAGCACACACCAUUUUCAUGUGCUUCAAUCUCUCAUGUUGCCACCACACAUGCCCUCUGUGACUCUGUCGGACCUUCAGGGAUGGAUGUAGCCCCAAGUGUGCUCGGUCCUAUAUCACACAUUUCCCGUUUCACUUAGGAGAGUGGAGAAUACUCAAGGGUACUUUGCAUAUGGUUAUACCCAGAUACAAAAAUGUAUUGCCCUGUUGUAUCCCUCUCAACUUGAUUGUCUCCGUUAUCGGUGUUUAGUAAAGCCGUGGCACCAAUUAUCCUCCGAUCCCAUCCAUCCUUGUACCCUGACGUUCCUGCAGAGACUGAUGCUCAAUUGCUCCCCCAGAAAUACAACAACUGCAUACUUUUGAUUUACUUGAUUGUAGAACAAUAGUGUGUGAACUAGUUCUUCAAUGCACUAGUACCAGUCAAAUAGGCAAUGUAGAAUCAAACUCCUCCAUGUCGCCCAACUAAAAAAAGAAGACGAGCUUCUAGAUCUCUAGAUGGCUGCAUGGCAAAGCCCCAAUGGAAAUUGAGCCUUCACAUUUUUUUAAAAGCUGAGUCGCAGGAUGAUGUUGAUGUUUUCAGAGGGCACCCGAACGGAGCAUUGAUGCAAGUUAUGCACAGGAUCACCUCGCAACUCAGCUGCAAAUCCACCCAUCUAUGGAUUGCUCUUCAAGAAGUUAAGCUCAGCCAACACAAGGAUUCCAUCUCAUGGAAAACGACUAACAACCUUACACUGCACCUGGUGCAAAUGGUGUCGGGGACGAUGGUCUUGUGGAAGAGGUCACCUUGGAAUUGAGGCGGUCCUUGAAGAGUAGCCAGCCGAAGACCUACUCCUUGAUGGGGACACGGGUUGCCCAAAUGAGACGGGCGUUGAUGUCAUGGUUGGGCUGUCCGAUGAGGAGAUGGUAGGUGUUCUUGCUGGAGAUCGGAAGCCCGUGAGUGAGGUACCUGUUAGCGGCGACAGCUUUGUGGUCGAAAUCCUGCAACGAAGACAACACAAUAGCUAGCGCGGCAGAGGCAACCGCGGUAAUGCAAUUUCGCAGGUUAGGUAGCAAUCCGUUCUGCAUGAGUUGCGAGACCAAAGUAGUGGGAUUGGUAGAGCGGGAGUAUAAGUGGGGCAAGGUUAAGGAGAGGGGUUGGAAGAAGAUCCAACUAUCAGGCCAAAAGAAGGUGGAGUGGCUUUCGAAAGACACGACGCAUAUCUUUCCUCAGUCCAUUAUCAUUAUGGAAAGUAUACGUUCAUCAUAUGUCACCAAUAUGGUAUUUUGCAUCCACUGAGAAACACCAGUUAUGUAACAACAGCAGAUUGUUUGCAUCAUGACAACCGCUGAACUGACAGUGUUCUUCGCAACAAUUACAUCAGCCCGCAGAAGGUACAAAUAAGAAUUGUUUCGCAUUUUUUUAGAUAAAACAUGAGUACUCCAUUGUCAUGGACAAAUAAAACAUCCAGUGUGUUGCAGAUUUCCAUAAAAGACAAGAAGAAAUUCCAUUAUAGUGCACACAAGUGUAGAGUUUCCAAUAUAUAAUCAUCAUGAACCAAUAAAAUUAACAGUUUUGCUAAAGCACAUAUGUGCCAUAAGUAUUGCACAACUAAGUCCUAUAUCAUUGAUCUUACCCGGAGAUUCGUGUGGAUUUUUUCUUUUUUUCUUUUCCUUUCAUUUUUUUACUUGAUUGAGUCACUUAGAUGUGCAAUAAUUAGGGCACAUCUAGAUAUGUCCUAUAUCAUUGAUCUUAACCGGAGAUUCGUGUGGAUUUUUUCUUUUUUUCUUUUCCUUUCAUUUUUAUACUUGAUUGAGUCACUUAGAUGUGCAAUAAUUAGGGCACAUCUAGAUAUGCCCUAGACAGACCCAUUAACAUUAAUUAUACUAUAAGUUACUUGACUGAAUACAACAGUGAAUAGCAUAAAUCUGCAGUUAAUCAAGAGAAUGAGGCUAUUACUGACCAUGGACUUUCAAGUAGUAACAACUCUGGCCUGAUAUAGAGAAAA